AUGGAAGUCAUUGACAUUUCAAGUCUAAAGGAAGUUAACAAGGACAAGAAAAGAUCUAAUGUCAGGAGUACCAGAGGGUUGUCACCAACAGAACUAAGCUUGUCAGCUUUUGGGGAGGAUUAUCAGUUACAAGUAUCGAAACCUGAAUCCGUGUUGCACCCGGAGGCUAGAAUUGUAACCAGGAAUGAUGACGGCGACCAAGAGUGGAAGGGAAUUAUUCCGGAUUGCUUCUUGGUCGGUCAUGUGACUUCACACAACGGCACCGUUUCCUUGUCACAUUGUGAAGGCUUGAAAGGAUCACUAACCACACGAUCUGGAGAUUUCCAGUUGAGAGAACUACCCAAAGUUCACAAUAAAGGACUCAAUUUCUCAGACGAAGAUACCGUUCUUAUGAUUGGUAAAAUGAGACCACAGAACAAAACGGGCGAGGCAAGUUUAAAGGAUAAAGACUUUAGUCUUUCUGCACUGGAUGACCAAAUAAUAAAGCUAAAGAACAAACCUAAAAGACAAACAGCCACGAAGGAUGUAGUUGUUGAAUUAGCUGUGUACACAGACAAAGACUUUACGGAACUACUACACCAGAAAGAAACCGCUAGGAGAAUUGAACUUAUGAUCUUGAAAUACAAUGGGGUGCAGUUUGAAUUUUCUCGGCCUGAACUCGGUUACAACGUAAAACUACAAAUUAAAUAUCUGAGUUUUUGGGAGACAGACCCGCCUUCUUACAACAACUCGUUCUAUGUUCACGUUGCACUGCAUACAUUUUGUGAAGGAGUCUAUGACAAUCCAAUUAAAUACGACAUCCUAUAUCUUCAUAGUGGGCGCAGACCAACACAAGCUGGGGGCGGUGCCUGGCAGUCCGGCACUUGCAAUCCCUAUAGGCGAUGUGCUGUUGACAAACAGGAAGUAGUAUCGCAUUCAUCUACCGUCCACGAACUAGGACACAUUUUAGGAAUGUGGCACGACGAAGAAGUGGGUUGUACCGGAAGUGACAGAGGCGUGAUGGGAGGACAAGGAACAGGCUUUAGUUCUUGCAGUAUCAGAGAUUUUGAUAAAUUUCUACAGAGUAAGUAUGCGCAGUGUCUGUUUCGAGAAGAUGUUUCAAGUAGCACCAGCUACGGUCCAGCUGAGCCAGUUCUCAUAGGUCAGAAGUACAGUGUAGACGAAAUAUGCGAGCUUCAUUUUGGUCCUAACUUUCACUUCCGAAAUUUCUCAUAUCUCCCGCCAUGCGAGAUUAUAUACAGCUGUGUAAACUAUAACGAAGGCGAUUUCUUUGGACAAAUGUUUACCCAAUACCUGAGCGCUCCUCCUGGGAUUUAUUGCGGUGAAGGAAAGAUUUGCAUGAAUCGAAAAUGUCAGACAUUUGAAGAGGUCAAUAUGAAACCAGGCGUGGUCAGGCCCGGGGGAUGGGGACCGUGGGCAGAUUGGCAGCCUUGCUCCAGGACCUGUGGCACAGGACUAACCUACAGGAGGAGAUUCUGCAACAAUCCAAGCCCUUUGAACCACCCAGGUUGUGAUGGCGGAGAUGACAAUGGUUAUGAAGCCAGGACUUGUAAUCCCGAGCCCUGCCCCAACGACAGUUCAGACAUGGCAACUCUUAUUAAUCAGCGGGCGUCUGAAACUUGCAGUAGGUUAUUGAAGAAUAAAGUAUUAGACUCUACAGAAUACACGUCGUUUGGAAGGAAAUUAGACUGGCAUGGACAUUUGAAAUGUGAGGUAUCAUGUGAUGCGGUGCAGGAGUACAAGACGCCUGCUUAUACAAGGUUUGGCUUAAUCCCCCAGGGUACUCCGUGUGAAGGACCCACUGAAGAAUCGGACCAAAAGUGGUCAGAUUACAGCUACAGAUGUCUUGACGGCUAUUGCAGGUUUUUCGGUUGUAACGGAGAGCUCAACGCUAAAUAUGACGUCUGUGGUGUUUGUGAGGGAGAUGGUUCUACUUGUGACGUAGUGAAAGGAGUGUAUACGGAGACAACAGCACAAGGUACAAGGAAGAUAAUUACGGAGAUACCCGUUGGAGCGACUAACAUACGAUUCUGGUUUGAUUGGCAAACAGUAAUGAGAGAAAACUAUGUAGAAAUCUACAACAAAGAUGGACUUGUAAUUCUGUCCAGCUUUAUACAAUGGAUAUGGGAUACGACAAAGAACCCAACAAAUUUCGCCGGUACAUAUUGGAAUUAUGUUUUCUGGCGUCAAGAGUUGUAUGCCAAAGGACCCAUCACCGAACCUGUAAUCAUUAAGCACUACAGAUAUGGUGAGAAGAAAAAUACUGGCAUUAACUAUACUUACUCUGUACCCAAAUCUGCUAAGACCUGUCAAGGACAGUGCGCUAAUGGUGGAACAUUUAACACUAAGAUAUGCUCCUGUGACUGUCCCAGUGGAUUUUAUGGAAAUGACUGCACCAGUCGCUGUAACACAUACUGCUUCAAUGGUGCAACGGUUGAUCAGUCCAACUGCGCAUGCCAGUGCAAGGAACACCAGACCGGAAGACAGUGUAAAUGUGAGGCAGGGUACGGCGGGGAAGACUGUAAAACGAAAAUAUAGAACAAUACAGCUAACUAAUGUAUCAGUAGAAUAAA